GACCGACUCAACACAUAGUUUUACUUAACGAAACUUGGCCCGAAAAGAGAGAAGCCAGCACAACUACACCUACUCGAUUCCAAUGCCAUGGGGCCCGAUCCAAAGUCGUGAAUUCUCAGCCAAAGCAGUCGACAUGAACGCAAUGAAAUUCCAAGGGAUGGAUGUAAAAUCCUCCAAAGCCUCCAAAAUCCAAGAUGGUCUCCCGAAACCCAAAAUCCAUCUGGUAUUAAUGUCCUUCAUAUUCUGUGUGACGACACCUCUGACGGUGUUGUUCUACUGUAUUGCCUACCAAGACUUCGAUACCGCACUUUCAGCCACGGCCAAAUCUGCAUACUCUGAAGGGUUCCUUCAUUUCUUUUUGAAAAGGACACCUCUCCCCACCUUCGAGGCUACCAGAGGGUAUGCAGCGUGGUUGACUUUCCAGGGUCUGCUGUAUAUCGCACUUCCGGGGCCAACUGUCUUCGGACCGCCAACACCUGCUGGUCGACGAUUGAGAUACAAACUGAAUGGUUUAGCAGCGUGGAUAGUCACUGUUUGUCUUGCAGUGAGUGGCUCAUUUGCUGGGAUACUAAGUCCUACCGCAUUGGCCAAAACAUGGAGAGAGCUGGUGGCAGUUACGAACAUCUUUUCCUUCAUCAUUCUCCUCCUCUUCCAGAUCAAGGCCCGAGUGGCGCCCGAUAAUGCAUACGAAACUUAUAUAACAGGAUCAUUUUGGUAUGAUUUAUUCGAAGGAAGCGAACUUCACCCACGUGUUGGCCAGUACUGGGACUGGAGACAUUUCCUUUCUACUCGUUCCGGGGGCAUCAUCGCAUGGACAUUGAUUGAUCUAUCUUUUGCUGCCUACCAAUAUGAGCAACAUGGAUACCUGACGGGCACCAUGUUCACAGUUGUAUUACUUCGCGCAGUAGUGGUCGUGGACUUCUUCGUUAAUGAAGAGGUUUUUUUCCACACCUUGGACGGCAAAUACGAAUCGUUCGGCUUCUACAAUAUCUACGGAUUCUCUGCAAUGAUGCCGGUUUUCUGGACCUUGCAAACCCAGUAUCUUGCCAAACACCCAACAGAGAUCUCCCUCCCUGCUUUGAUCGCCAGCAUAGUGAUCUUUGUAGCGGGCUGGUCUUUGCGCUUCUAUGCCGACCGUCAGAAGAUGCGUUUCAAUAGAACGCAGGGAAAGUGCUUGUUCUGGGGUCGCCAGGCACAAGGAAUACCCGUAUCUUAUCAGACAAGGGAUGGGAAAACCCAUCGUUCUCACCUUCUCUGCUCUGGAUUGUGGGGAGUGGCCCGUCAUGUCAAUUAUGCUGGAAGCGUGCUGUAUACAUGGUCGUUAUGCUCGCUCUGCGGGAAUGGGGGCGGCUUUGCAUACACUGAAGCCGUUUUGGUUACAGGGAUGAUCAUCCAUCGGUGUUUCCGAGAUGAGGAAAAAUGUGCGGAUAAGUAUGGGUCUGGCUGGGAUGAGUAUUGUCGCCGCGUUCCCUGGAGAAUUGUUCCUGGCGUAUUCUGAUUCCGGAAAGAACAUACAUUCUCUUCUUCUUUCUUUUUUGGAAGCUGUAUUAUGGAGCUUGCGUUAGGGACGCGAAUUCUCACCUUGUUUAGAACAUUUGGAAUAUAAAAGAAUGAAACCCGUUAUACCGCUCCCUAA